UCGGGUGUUUCCGGUUCUCAGGGAGACGGAGUGAAAGCGUUCCCCUAACCCGGAAGUAAGUUCCGGCGGCGCCUCGGUACUUUCCGGCAAUCUCCGGAAUCCGAGCUGCUAUACGAAAGCACUCGACAAUUUCCGUUCGGCAGAAAGGAACGGCUUCUGUGCUCAAAUCCCUUUGAGUUCAGCUUCGGGUUUUUCCGGCAACUCUCGUCUCUUUCCGUCACUCCUCCUAUGUCUCCUCCCCCCGGUUCUGCUCCCGGUGAAAAUGGAAGCGGCAGCCUCGGAAUGGUAAAAGGAGGCGUAGCUUGAGCGGGGAGCGGACCCAGAUCCUUUCUGGCGCACAAGCCGAGGUUUUAGGAGAGAAGCAGGUCUUCUGUCAGCCCUCCCCUACAGCCCAGGAAAGAUUCCUGCUGUUUCUUACCUUCUCAGAAGUGGUAGUGGCAAUGAGACUUCUGGAAAUCUGUGCAAUGGAUGGCGGAGCCACUGCCCCUGUCGUACGUGACGGCCCAGGAGAUGCGCUGCCUUUUGCACUGGCUGUCGGGCUGGGCCCCAGCGCAACGCGAGUGCUUCCUCCGUGACCUGGUGGACAAGGCUGUGCCCUGGAAGAUGCUCCCUCUCCUGGAAGGGCUGGCGGGACUCAGCGUGGCCCCCGGGAAGCCCCCGUCCAUCUUCGAGUGCCAGCUGCGCCUCUGGGACCAGUGGUUCCGCAGCUGGUCGGAGGCCGAGCGCAACGAGUUUGUGAGGCAGCUGGAAGAGACUGAGCCGGACCUGGCCUCCCAUUUCUACCAAGAAGUGGCCAAGACCGCAGGGCAGGCGUGAUGGGGACUCCCCUGUCAUUCUCCUCCUCUGAUCCCCUCCUAUUUCUCCAGGGCCACCCUGAGAUUCAUGAGCGUGCUAAACUGAUUGCCCACUCCCCAAGAAACGAUCAAUACGUGUGUGUGAGCAGGAGUCAGAAGAAAGCAGAAUAAACAUCUCUACCAAGUGCAAAUGGUUAAAAUGAUCAGUUGCCCCUAAAAUCAGCCAGCUGCACAAGGAUCCAGUAGAUUCUUCUCCGUUUUUUCCUGCUGCAAGGCCUGCUUCCUACUUGCAAAUGGGAGAGAACAGUAGCAAAAUAACUCUUUAUUUUUCCAUUGAUAUGACCAAAAACCAAACUGGUGGGGAAGCUGAGGCAAGGGUGUAACAUUGGCCUUUUUAUGGAUGGGUUACUGAAAUAAGUACAGGGGGAAUGUUUUCCACAUUACCUGCACCACAAAUGCAAUGUCUUAAAUGAGAUAUUCCUAUAAUAUCUGUCCAAAGCAGCAGUGGACAUUUUAUUUUGCUAUUGAUGGGUUGUGUUCAAAUUUUAUUAUUGACAGCUGCCUUGAGUGUUUUCCCGUGGAAAGGCAUAAUAAACAAAUGUAUUUCCUGAAA